UUGAACUUGGGUGAAACCAGAGAAGUGCGUGAAUCAUCAAUGGCUUCCACUCCCACAACAAAGCGAUCAAAACCAGGCCUCACAAACCCUAAUCGAAAAACUAAGCUCACCAACAACAACCACACCCCCUCUUCUUCUUCUUCUUCAUCACACCACUCGUUCCUAAUGGAACCACCGCCCGGCUUCUUACCGUCGAAGUCCGAGUUAUUCCGGCUCAUCGCCGUCGUCGCCAUUGCCGCUUCGGUCGCCGUGGCUUGCAAUUACAUGGCUACCUUUCUCAGUCGCCAGCCAAAACCAUUUUGUGACAGCAACGCGGAUUUGGAUUUCGCUAUCUCCGAAUCCUGCCAGCCCUGUCCAAGUAAUGCAAAAUGUUAUGAUGGCAAGUUUGAAUGUGUCCAUGGCUAUAGAAAGCAUGGGCAGUUGUGCAUCGAAGAUGGAGAUAUAAAUAAAGCAGCUAAGAAACUCUCUGAAUUAGUAGAAAUUCGUGCUUGCGAAGCAUAUGCCCAAUUUUUGUGUGAAGGAACUGGAAUAGUCUGGAUUCCAGGGGAUAAAUUAUGGAAUGAAUUAGACGGAUUCAAGCAAAUGGAGAACCAUGGCUUGGAUACCCCUGUAUAUGAUUAUGCAAAGCAAAAGGCAAUGGAGACUGUAGGUAAAUCAUUGGAGAUGAGGACAAAUACUCUGGGGAUCAAAGAGUUGAAGUGUCCAGACUUGCUAGUUGAACAGUAUAAACCACUUACCUGUUACAUCCGGCAGUGGGUUGCCCAACAUGCCUUAGUUUUGGUGCCAUUUUGUGCAUUGCUAAUUGCAGGCACAAGGUUAUCGUUGAUCAUUCGCAGGAGAUAUUAUCUAUCAUCUAGAGCCGAACAGCUUUACAACCAGGUCUGUGACAUACUUGAAGAGCGUGCCUUGACUUCUAGUGAGGGUGAACCUUGGGUAGUUGCGUCAUGGUUACGAGAUCAUCUGUUGUUGCCGAAAGAAAGGAAGGACCCAACAUUGUGGCAAAAGGUUGAGGAGUUGGUCCAGGAAGAUUCUCGUUUAGAUCGGUAUCCAAAACUGGUGAAGGGGGAAUCCAGGGUGGUGUGGGAAUGGCAAGUUGAAGGCUCUUUAAGCUCUCAGAGGAAGAGGAAGAAGGGCGAGGAAAGGAAAUUGAAGUUGAGUGAAGGCAUAAAUCCAUCAUCUUCUAAUCAAAAACUUGGGAUUGGAGGCUAGUGAGCUGUUUAACCAGUUAAAUUUAUCUACAACCAUUUCUGGUAUGGGAUUGUGCAAGUAUAUGUAGUUUCUACGUGGUUUUCAUGCAAAGUACCACACACGGUUGUUAUGUGACCAGGCAUCCUCGUGGAGCUGAACAAGUUCUCUUCAGUCAAGUCUAACCAAUUUGGUCAAGCCGAGGCAAAUAGUAACUUUAGCAGAAAAAUCUGGAAUUUUGUUGGAGGCUGGAAAUUGGGAGGAGGCAGUUCCUCAAGAUAUUUUCUUCUCAAAUAAUCUCUCUCUCUCUUCUAUUUUCUUCCUUUCCGCCUUCUCUUCAUGGUUUAAAGCCUCCUGGCAGUGUAUAUUGCGUGCCUUAUGUAAAGGCUGGGUCCAUAGUCAUCUGUGCAUCUAUAAUAACUGGGCAGAAACUCAAUGCCCUUAAAUCUUUGCAAGUUUAAAACUUGUUGAUUAUCUCCAUAUCAUACAA